CAGAGUGGACUAUCUAAUCUAUGGUUUACAGUAGAAGUACAUCACAGUAUAAAUUGUAACGAAAAAUGUCUCAGCUGCUAGUAUAUUUGAAUUUCACUCAGAGUUGCAAUGAAUCAGUGGGUGAAUAACACUGCUGGGGUCUUUGGUUUAGGCGCAGCGAAGGCUUCUGCUCCAACCUCGGGGGUUUCAAUGGGAACUGUCAUUGCUGGGACCGUUGGUGCAGGCGUAGCGAUAGUCGCUGCACCAGCAAUCAUAUCGACCGUGGGAUUUACAGCAACUGGUAUAGCUGCAAAAUCCACUGCAGCAUGGAUGAUGAGUUGUUAUGGUGGAGCAACUACAGCUGGGGGGAUUGUGGCCACCCUUCAAACUGCUGGGGCUACCGGCACAAUUUUGGGAUCGAGUGUUGCAACUACGAUCUGUGGGUCAGUUGGAGCAGCUGCAGGUGGCGCAGUGAAAUAUUUGGCUCGCCGAAGGGUGUAAUUCAAGAAAUUGACAAUCCUUAAGGAUUUAUUACUUAUAAGUAUACUUUAAAUGUAAAUGUAAAAUAUAUAUUACAUAUGUAAAGUAUUUGUACAAUUGUGAAAAGUGGAAAAAAAUAAAUUUGUUUUAUCGAACCUUUGUUUCUUUUAUUAAAUUUCA